AUGCACCCACGCGCCCGCACAUCAAUGGACAACGACGGCAGACAAACAUCCGGAGAGCCAGGGCCGGCCCGGUGCAUCCGCAGCCGGAUUGCCAAUGCGUGCGACGGAUGCAAGGCACGAAAGGUCAAGUGCGAUGGCAGAUUACCCUGUGGUUACUGCGCAAGGAGGCAGCGGCCGCAGGCAUGCCAUUACUCACCACAACGGCGGAGGAGGGCGGCAAGCGGGAGAGCGUCCAGGGAUGUUGACCAGGCAGCUCGCGGAAGGAUUCGAAGGAAUCGCUCGGCUGGCCACGCUGUCGGGACGACGAGGGCGCGAAAUCCUUCCGCGCGAACCGCCGGGGACGGCCAGGGAGCCGCGGACGGUCCGACAGAGCCGUCGGCGGAGGACGACACAGAGGUUCCCCGAGAAGCGCGGCUGUUGUGCGACGCGCAGGGAGAAUUGAUAUUCAUCGGCGACUGCGCCCCGUUGUCCUUCUUCCAGUCCGUCCGACAGGUGGUGACCAACCGCGUGGGACAGCACGCCUUCGCGCCAGAGAGCAGUCGAUAUUCCGUGCUGGAAAACGCGCCCGCGGGAUAUGCGACGAGGGCGCGGGAUGGCCGUGGAGUUGGAGAUGCGCCAGACGUCAGCGGCAUUGAUCUUGAAGCAGCCGUUGCCAGUUACCUGGUGACGACGACCAGUCUCGUGGACUUGUUUGACAGGUCGAAGCUGCUCAACGACUUGCUGCUGUGGGCGAGCCUCGACCGGACCUCGGACGAAUUGACGUCGGUGGUCAAUUAUCUCGUCCUGGCCAUCGGAAGCCUGCAGGACCACGACGCGCUGUCCCAGGGCUACUUUGAGUAUGCGCGCAGCAAGGCUUACGCCGCUCUGGGCAGCAAUCUGAGCGUUGGGACGGUUCGGGCCUUCCUCCUCAUCUCCGUGUACAUGCUCUGUUCGUGUCAAAUAAACGGCGCGUUCCUGUUCUUCGGCAUAGCGGCCCGCGCGGCGUACUCCGUCGGCAUUCAUCGAACCGAGGUGAAUGCCCGAUUCGGAGCCCAAGUCCACCGACAGAGGGAUCGACUGUGGACGAGCGUCCGGAUAGUAGACUUAUUUCUGAGCAUAUCCAUGGGCAGGCCACCAUCCGCUUCGGAUGUCGACUGCACCGUCUCGUACCGAAGCCUCGAUGCCAGCGGCGCCGAGACGUUCGAUCUGCUGAAUGCCUCUGUUCAGAUCUUGCUCAUCACGGAGAGAGUAGUGGUGGAGAUUUACUCCAGACGCAAGGUCUCCCUGCAGCUCACUGAGGGAAUAUCACAUCAGCUGCGAGACUGGUCAGGCCGCUGGCUGCAGCAGCUCAAGGGCGUUGUAGGUAGGGCCGAUGCAGGCACGGCCGAAAUCAGCGGCGCCUGCAAGGUCUUGUCGUCGUACUACUAUGCCGUCAUGCUAGUCUCGAGGCCGUUCCUCAUGUAUGAGCUCGUCAGCAGGCUAUCCGACGGUCCGGCCGCGGCGCCGAGGCCCUCUCUUACAUCUGGGAAGUCGAAACUUGCCGAUGCGUGUAUUGGCGCCGCCAGCCUGAUGAUGGACCCGAUACUCGACCUGAUUGACCGAGGGAUCCUGAAUAGCAGGGCGCCGCUCAUCGUCUCUUGGUUGUUCGCCUCGGCCCUCGUCCUGGGCGUCGGCCUCCUCGGCGGAUUUGGCCGCAUCCUCGAAAAGGACUGCCGCAUGUCCAUCCAGGCGCUCGAUCACUUUGCCAAAGCCGACGGCCACGCCGCCCAGUACUCACUCAUUGCCCAAUCUCUGCUCACGACAGCGCUGGAGCAUCUUGAGCGGCGAGAACUUCAGGAACGUCUACGAAGAACCGAGAGUUCGAGCCAACUGUUCGGCCUGGUGCCCUCCUCAGAACCGCGCCCAAGCCCCGGAGAGUCCACGCCGGGGGGGAGGGAUUCGUCCCAGCACGCCAGAAGGAGUCCAGCGCAUGCCGCUGCCGUCUCUAGGGGACGAGAGUCGUGGGACAGGUCGGUCUCGCAGCACCAGGGGUUGCAGGGCGCUCCGUCUCCGCGACUGGCCGAGAUUGAUUCGGCGUUUUUGGGGCUGACGGAGCCCCUGAUGCCGACGCCGGACAACAGUUAUUGGAAUGGGAAUCCGGGCAAUGAUGUGGACGCGGGGUCUGCGUUGAAUUUGUUUCCUCUCCUGGAUGCUGGAGGGGGGAUCGAUUUGGCGCAUUAUUUUUAG